AUGUGAUCGUUGUUGACAUUCUGCUGUAGUGCUUCACAGCAGGAACAAUAUGGAGACCAGGGUCAGAUGCAAUUGUGGGACGUGUAAAUAGAGUGUACAUAACUGGAAGGCGCGUUUUUAAAGGGAAGAAUAUCGCUGUGACAAAGUGCUCCAUUAAGAAUGAAAGAUGCUGCUGUCCCUGGGAAUGCUGAUGUUGUCUGCCACACAGAUCUACACCAUCUUUACAGUGCAGCUGUUUACCUUCUUGAAUCUUCUGCCCGUGGAUGCAGACAUUGCAGCAUACUCUACUGAUAACAAGACCCAAACCUUUGAUGAUUUACCAUCCAGGUUUGGUUACAGACUUCCCAGUGAGGGCUUAAAGGGAUUCCUGGUGGGUGCAAUGCCGGAGAAUGCCUGUGAGACCAUUAACCCUCCACCCCUAAAGGACAACUCGACAGGCGCCUUCAUUGUGUUAAUUAAACGCUUUGAUUGCAAUUUCGACGUUAAGGUUCUUAAUGCCCAGAAAGCUGGAUACAAGGCAGCAAUAGUUCACAAUGUGGAGUCUGAGGAUUUGAUUAGCAUGGGAUCUAAUGACGUGGACAUUGUGAAACAAAUAGACAUUCCUUCAGUAUUUAUUGGCGAAGGGACAGCCAGUUUUCUUAAAGAAGGAUACUUUUAUGAAAAAGGUGGUCACAUAGUGCUUCUGCCCGAUUUCAGUCUACCCCUGGAAUACUACCUGAUUCCCUUUCUCAUCAUAGUGGGGAUUUGUCUUAUACUUAUUGUCAUUUUUAUGAUUACAAAGUUUGUGCAGGACAGGCACAGAGCCAGAAGGAGCCGCCUUCGGAAAGACCAGUUAAAGAAGCUGCCUAUACAUAAAUAUAAGAAAGGAGAUGUAUAUGAUGUUUGUGCCAUCUGUCUGGAUGAAUAUGAAGGAGGAGACAAGCUGAGAGUGCUACCUUGCUCCCAUGCUUACCAUUGCAAAUGUGUUGACCCCUGGCUGACUAAAACUAAGAAAACGUGCCCUGUUUGCAAGCAGAAGGUGGUGCCUUCACAGGGCGAUUCGGACUCGGACACCGACGAGGCAGACAGCAGUCACGAGGAGACCGACGAUGUUUCAGAAAGCACGCCUCUGCUGAGAUCUCUCGCCUCCACCAGCGCUCACUCGUUCGGCACCAUGUCCGAGUCUCGGUCCCGCCAGGAAGUGCUCGAGUCCUCGGAGUACGAGGAUGACGACGAUCCCGAGAUCGACAGCAGCGAGGCCGAGGAGGAAGUGAGCGUGGAGACUGUUGUUGUUCAGCUGCAGCAGAGUCACCGUGAUGGCGGCACAGCCACCAAAACCCACAGCAAUGCUUGAUUCUGCUGCUGUCCUCCACAACAAAUUCUUCUUCAUACUAAAUCAUGUCAAAUGGUUUCAGAUGUUAUUUCCAUUUUUUUUUUUUUUUUUGUUACAGUGUACGUGACCAUCCUUCCUGUUGGUGUCACUAGAUUACCUGCUUACUCAAUUGAAAAGCAACACUUCCUGAAUGAGGUGGUAGGAAAUUAUCCAGUAGGUGUUAGCAGUUGCAUUUAGUGUACCAAAGAAAAGAAUCAUCUUCAAAAUGCCAUUUUACAAGGGUCCAUAUCUAUGUGUCAUGUUAAAAGUAUGGCCAAAGAAUGUAGUUUAGUUAAUGUGCAGCAUAUUCUGCAUUGACACUUGGCACUGCAGUGAGUUUUGUUGAUUAUUGUAUCCACUGUGAAAAAAGCUGCAUUUUGCAGUUAUGUAUAGCAGCAUAUAUCUGCACUCAGAAAAUACACACACAGAGCCCAUCUAUACUAUUUUUAAUAUCAAGAGUUACUGUUUAAGUGUAUAUAAUGUAGAGAAAAGUACAAAUCUGUUGCCUACAUAUUUGUAUGACUCUGUAUCAGAAGGUUAUGAAAUUAAGUAGUACUAAUUGCAAUCAUGUAAUGUGUAUAUAAUCAGCAGCAGUUUUUUCUAAGUAUAGCAAUAUCAUCUAUAAAUAACUUUUCAUACUAUACUCUCUCUCUCUCUCUCUCUCUCUAUAUAUAUAUAUAUAUAUAGUAGUGUGCACAUGGGAAGGUAGCAGCAGGGCUGGUAGGUGACGUAAUCACACACAAAGACAUAAGCCCGACAUACUGUCCUUGCAAGGGUGGCAGCUCUUUUGUACAGCGGUAUCUGCGCUUUGCUUUAGUGCGAGGUCCUGGGUUUGCACCCACCCUCGCCCUGUGUGAUGCCUUCAUUAACCGAGAUUGCUACUAAUAUAUUAGGUCUUCCUUAAUAGGGGAUUAUGUAAUAUAGAGGAGGUUGUCUUUAUGCAAUGAAAUGGGAUUAUACAUAGUUAAAACAAAAAUUUGACUCUGUCAAUUUCCCAGUUUUUGGGCUUGUUCUAUUUCAAUGUGUAGCACAUCAACCUUAAUAAUUAUAUGGAUUAAAGUAAGGUUUGCUUUUUGAAGUUAAAAACACGCCUGAUGCACAAACUGUAGAUAAUAAAAUACCUCUCAUAUAUACUACCUUUGUGUUGUAACUAUGUUGGUGUAAUAGACCUGGUGUAAGUAUGAUUUGUUAAGAAAAAGAAAAAAAAUGUUAAGAAAUAAAAAUUCAAGAGCAUCCUGUCAAAACCUAUGCAAUAGAUCAGUUCUAUCAGAUUUGAAAUUAGAGGUUUAUUCAGAUCAUUUGAUGUAGCUUUCAAUAUGGCAUUAAGUAAAUUCAGACAUGUAUCUGCAUGAAAAUUAUGACAAAAUCAAACUGAUGGCAAAUUUAUUCAUAAGACAGCAUAUGGCAAGAAAUCCUAGAAUUGAAGGGUGCAGACUGUAUUUUCUUUGUAGUAUGUGUAUAUUUAUACUUCACUUUUAACCCUAAAUAAUCCUAAUUAAAUGUACUACCUCUAAACUCAUUAAUGUAUUAAGAAUGUGAAACAGUGAUUGUCCUCAUCAGCUCACAAGUGUACUCCUCACUUAAUCAAUUGAAUGCAUUGUUAAUGUCUCCCAUGUGUAGUCAGUAGCAACUGUUCAGCAUUUGGAAUUGUUCAUCUUGUCCACAUUCAUGAACAGGAUCCCGGGUGGGGUGAGCAGUGUUGACUUACACUUUCCACAGAUAGGGGCUUUUUCAAUCAAUAUUACAUGGUCUACACUUUUAAUUAUCAAUGUUACACUUGUAUUACUGGAAUUCAGUAGGCAAAUCUCUACAAAAACUUACAUUGGUCCUUAAUAACUCUUCCUUGGAAAGCAGUGUGCAUGUCUCAUUUUCGUGCUUUUAUUAAAUAAAUAUUUUAAUAGGCAUUCUUAAAA